UAUACUGCUCUUCAUCAUCAUUGUCUUCAUGUUACACACAACACUCUCAUCCAUGAAAGGCAUGAAUUCUCAGAUUAAAGAUAUCAGAGUUGUGGUGCUGAAAACUGUGGCCCAAUUAUUGAUCAUCGGUGGCCCUUGGGUACUGGGAUUCUUCAUUCACAACAAGUUCCUGGAAUUGGCCUUCCACAUUCUGAGCUCCCAGCAGGGAUCCUUCAUCUUUCUGAUCCACUGUGUUCUUAAUGCAGAGGUGCGGCAACAGUUCACAGCGAUCUGCAGAGGAUGACACUUUUUUUUUUAAAACGCCUAUAAUCACUGCC